CAAAAGCGGCAGAAACAAACGAACGAGGAACGCAAGAACUAAGAACUAAGAACAUAGGUUCUAAACACAAUAACAACAAGCUGCUAAAACAAAGAAAAAACGUAACAGAUGUAAACUUUUAUCAACUGUUGUUGUUUUUGGUGUUGUUGCUUAAUUUGGAUUUUGUUGUAUUUUAGUUGAGAAAGGAUAUGACACACACCACAGAAUACAGAAAAAAUACGGGAGACAUUUUCAGUUGUGUUAAUGAAAAAAUAAGUUAAAGUGAAAAAAAGUAAAUUUUUAUACCAAAGUAACAAAAAAAAGGAAAAUCGAGUCAAAUUUAUCUAAAAAAAUUCAUAAACUUAAAUUUUAUAUAUUACACAGUAAUAAUUUCUGAGUGCUUACCAGCAAAACAACGAAAUAUGUUCUGUUAGUUUUAUUAUUAAUUUUUUUUUAAAGUUAAACAUAUUUUUUGUACAACAAAAUGAAAUUUUAAUAGAAAAAAUAUGUAUAAUUUGAAGGUGACUACAAUAAUAAGUCUAUUUAUUGUUGUUACUGAGGAAAACUGAAGGGAAAUUUUACAACGAAAAAUUAUUUUUUAUUUAAAAAAAAAUCAGUUAAAUAGUUUCAAAAACUGUUUUUUAAGUUUAAUUAAGUUUUUGCUAAACAAAUAUACAACAUAUUUUCAACAUGAAUAUAAUGAAUUCCUUUGGUGGUGGUGAUGGAGGUGAUAUUGAACUAAAGGAGAGACUAAUUGCCUGCGUUAAAAAGGAGGUGAAACAGCUGAUGGAAGAAGCUGUUACCAAAAAAUAUAUUCAUGAAGAAAGUAGUUCGAUUACAUCAUUAUGCGGAGCUGUGGAAACAUGUCUCAGUCAUGGUUUGCGUAGACGUGCUUUAGGUCUAUUCAAAACAUCAUCAACAACAGCUCUUAUACAAAAAAUAGCCAAAACUUGUCCAGAGGCAGACUAUGUAAGUCGACGUUUGUUGGAAAUCGAAAUUGCCAUUGAGAGUACAACGGCCGCUGGCAAACGAUCUUCCUCGAGUAGCGAUAGCAUUAUUAAGCCCAAACUAUUGAGCAAAGGUAGCAGCAGUUCGGUAACAACGAUUAAUACAGUGUCCAUAAAUUCUUCAUCGGGUACACCGGUGGUCAAGUAUUUGUGGAUACGUGUGGCUUUAUACGAGAAACGUUUGGCCAAAAUCAUAGAACAUUUGGUCAGCAAUGCCAACAGUUACUAUGAUCGUGAUGCGCUGGUCGCAGAUCCCGAUUAUGGUUCGAUACUGAGUUCACUGCUGGUAGGUCCCUGUGCUUUAGAAUUUACCAGAGCCAAAACUGCAGACUAUUAUUGGUCCGAUCCCCCGGCUGAUGAAUUGGUACAAAGACAUCGCAUAAGUUCAGGCAACCGAACUCCACCCACAUGCCAUCGUCCCAUAAUAAAUUUCAAGCGUAGCUUACACACUAGUUCUGAAGAUACCAGUAGUGGUUCGUUUAAGGCUAGUUCACCGGCGAGCGUAGCAAAAGAUUAUGUGGAAUCUCUGCAUCAGAACUCACGUACAACAUUACUCUAUGGAAAAAAUAAUGUGCUUGUCUUACCGAAAGAUGUAAGUGAGCCUAUGCCUGGUUAUUUAAGUCUUCACCAAACUGUGCAAUCGCUAACCAUUAAAUGGACACCCAAUCAGUUAAUGAACGGUUACACAGAUACUGAUGGAAGUGAUUUGAGUUCUUAUUGGACGUAUGCUCUCAACAUUAAUGUAGAUGAAAUUGUGUAUGUUCAUUGCCAUCAAAAUCGUGGCGAAGAUACGGGAGGUACAAUUAUACUGGUUGGUCAGGAUGGCGUACAAAGACCACCUAUACAUUUCCCCGAGGGUGGCCAUUUGCAAUCAUUUUUAAGUUGUCUUGAAACCGGCCUUUUGCCACACGGGCAAUUGGACCCACCCUUAUGGUCGCAGCGAGGUAUUGGCAAAAUGUUUCCCUGGCCAAAAAGUGUUAGGCGUCGUAUAUUACCGUCGGUUAUGGAAUCUGCCGAUGAAACACCCAUCGAUUAUGUCUUCCGCGUUGUUAGCAAAAGUCAACACGAAGAGUUUUUGGCUACUCAUCCUAUAUUGGAAUUGGGCCGAACUAGUCCUAGACGAAAACAUUUAGGUAGUUGUUCAACCACGGGCAGUAGUGAUUGUUCAAGUAAAAGUCUAUCAAUGGAUCAAAGUUCAGCAGAGCCACCACUGAUACAGGCAAGCCAAACGGCGAGUAUUGAGCUGGUAUGUUCUACAAUGAGACGUCAAAUUAUAUCCAGAGCAUUUUAUGGUUGGUUAGCCUAUUGUAGACAUUUAUCAACUGUACGUACACAUUUAUCGGGCUUGGUUAAUGGUCGAAUAACACCUGAUUUGGCAGCAAAUGAAUGUGGUUUAACCAAAGAAAAAUGGGAUGCUUUGCACGAAAAUGGAGUCAUUAACAGUCAGGAGGAGUUAUUCCGUUUGGUAUAUUUUGGCGGCGUAGUUCAUGAUAUACGCAAAGAAGUCUGGCCAUAUUUGCUGGGACAUUACAGCUUUGGCUCUACCAUCGAUGAAAGAGAAAAACAAGAUCACAUUAGCAAACAUUACUAUGAAACUACCAUGAGUGAAUGGUUGGCUGUAGAGGCUAUUGUACGCCAAAGAGAGAAGGAGAAGAAUGCGAAGGCUUUAGCAAAAAUAUCGGCCGAAAAUAAACGUAAUGGAGUUCAUGCUUCUGGUAAGCACGUGUGUCGCCAAACGGAAUUAGAUGCUGGUGAUAUGGACAAUGAUGUUUUCGAUGAUCAAGAUUUUUCUGAUAUCUCCGAUCCAGGAAUGGAUUUUGAUGAUGAAAUCAUUAUGGGCAUACAGGAAGAAAAAGAUUCAGGCAAUUGUGAAGAUGAAGAAGAUCCCAUUGAAGAGGAUAAUGAAGAAGAAUACUUGAAAAAAGAAAGCUUUGGAAAGACAAUAAUGGAAGUAUCCUUAGAGCAAGAACUAGCUGAAGAAAGUAACCAAGUUAAUUUGGAACGAAUUUCAGAAAAAGCUACAAAAGAGAUUGAGGAAAACAGUGAAAAAGAAACUUUGGAGCAAGACCAGUUGUCUGAUGUAAAACUAAGAACAACUUUAAGUAACGAAAAUCUAGAAAGUGAUUAUCCAGCUGAUAAGAGUAAAGAAGAAAACGAAACUUCAAAACCUAAUAAACUAGAGACAGCAACCGAAGUAUUAUCAACUAUAAAAUGCGAACAAGAUAAUGUGGUUUUAGAAUUAGAUGAAAACGAACCACUUUCAAUACAAGAACAUUGUUUUGCAGAAUCUGAGCCGGAACAUGAAGCUGGACUAACACCAGAACAAGGCGGUUUAUUGCUGUUAAGUAUCAAAAGUUCACCCUCUACAUCAUCUUACGAAACUGUAGGAAAUGAAUUUACCGAAAUGUUAGAAAUGGCCCAUGACAAUGGAAUAUCUCCUGAAGGAAACGUUUUUGAAGUUGCAGAGCAGCUAGAUGUAGCGAAAAAUCAAGAAGAAGAAGCAAUGGAAGCAUUUGAACUUCACGAAGACGAACAAUAUGAUGGCUUCAACGAAAAUGCUGAUAGCUCCAAUAAUGUCCGUAAAUAUCAUAGUGUCGAGGAUGUUAGAGAAAUGUCGAUGAUGACUCAUGCUGUGAUAAUCACAGAAGCAGCCUCAAAUGAUGCCCUAGAAUGCACUGAUGAACCCACCGAAGAUACAUCACGUAAAACUAGUUUAAUUUCCCCCAUGAACGAAGAUAUAACUGUAGUUGCAUCAUUAGAUGCUUUACAAGAACCCAAAUCUGCUUGUGUUUCACCAGCUAGUUCCAAUGGCGGUGUCUAUAGUUGUGAGUUUUUAGAAAAUUUCGCCUUAAAUUUGCAUCGCAUUGAAAAAGAUGUUCAGCGCUGUGAUCGCAACUAUUGGUAUUUUGCAAAUGAAAACUUGGACAAAUUAAGAAAUGUUAUAACUACAUACGUGUGGGAACAUUUGGAAGUAGGUUACAUGCAGGGCAUGUGCGAUUUAGUGGCUCCCUUAUUAGUAAUUUUUGACGAUGAAGCCUUGACCUAUGGCUGUUUUUGUAAACUAAUGGAACGCAUGAUCGAAAAUUUUCCCAAUGGUGGUGCUAUGGACAUGCAUUUUGCGAAUAUGAGGUCUCUUAUACAAAUCUUGGAUUCGGAAAUGUAUGAUCUAAUGGAUUCCAAUGGUGAUUAUACACAUUUUUAUUUCUGCUAUCGUUGGUUCUUGUUGGAUUUCAAACGCGAAUUGGUUUAUGAUGAUGUAUUUUCUACUUGGGAGGUAAUAUGGGCGGCCAAACAUGUGGCUUCUGGACAUUUUGUAUUAUUUUUGGCAUUGGCUUUAUUGGAAACUUAUCGUGAUAUAAUAUUGUCCAACAGCAUGGAUUUUACGGAUGUCAUAAAGUUUUUCAAUGAAAUGGCUGAACGUCAUAAUGCCCAAUCAAUAUUGCAAUUGUCGCGUAGUUUAGUAUUGCAACUGCAGACAAUAAUUGAAAAUAAAUAAAUAUUUUAUUCAACUAGAAGAAUAAGAGCAAAUGUGAGGUGAACAAAAAUUAUAAAAAAACUCAUUAUAAUAAAUUUUAAAACCAAAGGUAGUUUAUGCAAAAAAACUUAAUAAACAAAAGUAGAACUAUAAUGUAACAAAAAUGUAGAUUGAAAUCAAGCGCAAACAGCACGAAAUCAAUAGCGAACAAAACUCAACUAACUCACGUAGUAGAAGGCAUAUCACAUCACACCACAUCACUUUAAAUUAAUAUAAUUGUUCAUGUAUAAAAACAUGUUUUAACCAAAAUACAACCAAACUUUAAAGUAACUAAAGUUAAUUAUGUGACAAACAUUUUGUUUACAAAAGAUUAGCGAACGGCUGGGAUUGGAUUUUAUGUUUUAUAUAUAUUUUUUUUAAGAUAUAUCAUAAAAUUAAUUAAUAUAAAGUUACCUGAGAUCUCUUUCCUAUUACAUAAUAUUAUAUUACUUAUUAGUUGAAAUGCAAAAUACUAUGCUACUAUAGAUAACGUUUAAAUAGCAGAAAUAUACAAAUAUUUCUCGAAUUCUGAUAUUUGAUAUUAUUUUUUUAUAUUGCGUUAUUGGUUUGUGUUAAUAAUAUAAAACUACGUACUACUAACUGUUAAAAUAUAAAGCUAGUCAACAGGUUUUAUUAUAAAUAAACAUUCCGUAACCAAAAAUUCUAUAUAAUUUUUUUUUAAGUAUAACUUAAUUUUCAAAAUAUUCACUCUAACAUUAUAUGUUUCGAGUAGUACUAAGAAUUCCGAGAACGUUUUUUUUUAUUAAUAUUUUAAAGGGAACCUUUGACUACAUUAUAUAAUUUUAUAUUUUAGAUCAUUAUCCAAUGAACCUAAUAGAAUUUUGUAAGAUUAAGUUGAUAUAAACUAUAUAUUUCUUCCGAAUAAUUGUCAAUUAUGCAAUUUAAAGUAAUUAUGAAAAGGGACUUUAAACGUCAUUAAAUAACAUAUGGAAAUUUCGUGUCAAAUAAUUCAACUAUAAAAAUCGAUCUCUCAAGAUUAGAAAUAUAAGCUUGUAUGACCAAAAUGUCCAACUUUAACCCCCUUUAAGGCCGACAGUUCUUGUUCUGACAUACUAUCCAAUAGUACUAUCGUUUGAGCAAAUUUCGUCAUAAUCGAAUUGACAUGAAUUUCCCAUUUUUCUGGUUUUGUUAAUUUUCCGCUUAAAACUUCUAGUUCCUUUAUGGUUUAAAUAAAUUAAAAUUAAAACUUUUUUUAUAUUCGAAAUAUGUUGCUUAUUUAAAGCAUAUUGUAAAAAAAAACAAAUUCAUAACACGACAAGGAAUAUAUGCAUACUGAAAAGGAAUAUAAGAAAUAGAACAAAAAUAAAUUGCUCAUUUCCUGUUAUUUUAUAUUAAUACUUAAAAUAAUAUCUAAAUAUUUAAAUAAAUUCAGCGAAGAGUUUGUGAUUUUAUGAUUUUGGAACAAAUUUCAGGGGAAUGAUCGAUUUAAGUACAUAAAAAAACUAUAUAGAGAAAACUAUUUUAUUGUAACUAUGAAAAACAAAUAAUAUGUUUUGUUGCAAUUCUGUCGAGUCAAUCGAAUGUAAAUUCAGUUCAUACAAUUAAAUCAGUUUUCUCUUUGUAUUAAUGAAUAUCAUUAUUAUUGUUAUUGUUUGUUAUAUAAUUGUGUAACUACUUACAUACAUAUAAAUGUAUAACUAAAAAAUAUAUAAUAAAACAUGCAUAAAUAAACAAUUAAAAUUAUAUGUCAA